CAUGCUGAGUGAAUCGACGAAAAAAGUGACGUUGUGACGUUGACGUGGCCAGGAAAAGUAACUCUUGGUUUUUUCCUCAUUUUUCUCCAUUAAUUUCCAAUUAUUUUGUUCUUGGAAUUCGUGAUCUUCAGGAAGCAAGAUGAAGGUCAAGGAACUCCAGAAAACCGUCAACGUGGCAUGGUCACCGUUGCAGCAGAAUCCCAUCUAUCUGGCUGCCGGAACAGCUGCCCAGCAGUUGGACACAUCCUUCGGGAAUACCUCAACACUCGAAAUUUUCUCGGUUAACCUCUCAGAUCCGGGAUAUGAUAUGGAGCUCAAGGGAAGUCAAACGAGCCCCUACAAAUUUCACAAAAUAGUCUGGUCCCCUCUUGGUUUUGGUGGAGCCCACUCGAAUGGCGUCAUUGUUGGUGGCUGCGAAGGGGGGCACCUGCAGGUGUACAGUGCAGGGAAGCUUCUAUCGGGCGAGGAAGCUCUCGUGUCGCAGCAGGAUAAGCAUUCAGGUGCAAUCAGGACGCUUGAUUUCAAUCCCUUCCAAACGAAUCUCCUCGCAUCGGCGGCAAGUAAAUCAGAGAUUCUCAUUUGGGAUCUCAACAACACCGCCACACCCAUGACACCCGGUACGAAGACACAGCCCUUUGAGGAUGUCCAGAGUGUCGCGUGGAAUCGUCAGGUGCAACACAUUAUGGCGUCUGUCUUCUCGUCGCGAUGCAUUGUGUGGGAUUUGCGGAAAAACGAACCAAUUAUCAAGCUUUCGGAUUCCCAAUCACGCGUGCGCUGGCGUCAGAUGCAGUGGCAUCCGGAGAUUGCAACACAGCUCUGGCUGGCUUCGGAGGAGGAUCAAGCACCCGUUGUUCAGCUGUGGGAUCUCCGCUAUGCCACGGCGCCGACGAAAUCCCUUCAAAUUCACCAACGGGGCGUUCUUGGGCUCACCUGGUGCCCCAAAGAUUCGGAUUUGAUGGUUUCCUGCGGGAAGGAUAAUAAAAUUCUCUGCUGGAAUCCCAAUUCCACGCGAGCCGAAGGGGAAAUCCUCUCAGAGAUUGCUUCAACACUCCAGUGGUACAGUGAUGUGCAGUGGUGCCCCCGGAAUCCCGCCAUUGUGGCAGCAGCGAGUCUCGAUGGGAAUGUCACGGUGUACUCCCUCUUUGGCGGAAGUCAGCAACAGGUGCAUACAACGAGCAAAAUUGCUGAUUCCUUCCCGGGCAUGGAAACAAUGUCAAUCAUGCCUGCUCCUCAGCCGGCCACUGUUACCACCUACAGUGACCUCAAGAAGCCCCCAAAGUGGCUAAAACGUCCCGCAGGGGCAUCUUUUGCGUUUGGAGGGAAACUCGUGACGUUCCAGAGCACAAAUCCCCGCCAAGUGACAAUUAAGCAACUCAUCACAGAACCCGAAAUUGUGCAGCGUUCCAAUCAUCUGGAAACGGUGCUAUCGCAGGGAAAUUUCCCCGAAUACUGCCGGCAGAAGGCAGAUCAGACGCAGGAUCAAUUCACGCGGUAUUUGUGGUACUUUGUGAAGGCGAAUUUCGAUGCUAAUCCCCAUGGGGAGAUGCUGAAUCUCCUGGGUUACCAUCAAGAAGACAUUGCGGCGAAAUUCUCAAAGAUUGUCCAGUUAAAACAGCAAGAUUCCGUUGAUCAGCUAACAGAUCAAAUGGCUGAACUAAGCAGGGGCGUCGACGGGAAUACAGUGUUCGAUGCAAUUGCUGCUGGGCAGAAAUUAAUUGCGGAGAAUGGGGUGAAGGGUCCUCCGGGGGGGUUUAAGAUUAAAACAGGUGAUGAUACUGAGGGGUUAAUUUGUCAAGCACUCCUUACGGGUAAUUUGGAGGCUGCUGUGGAGCUCUGUAUGGAAUCUGGGCGUACGACUGAGGGGAUAAUUGUUGCAAUGACCGGUGGGAGUGAAUUGCUCGCGAGGACGCAGUAUAAGUAUCUCAGGAGGCGCGAUACGAGCCUCACACACAUUAUAUCGGCAUUGAUAACGCAGGAGUGGACGGGGGUGGUGAAUGAGUGUGCCGUGGAAUCGUGGAAGGAGGCCCUGGUGGCUAUUUUGACGCACAAUAGGCAUCAAGCGGAGCCCCUUUGUAUUGCUUUGGGGGAUCGAUUGCUCCAGGAGGCGAAGAAUGGUGACAAUGAUAUGGCACAGAAUGCAAUGCUUUGUUACCUCUGUGCAGGGAGUAUUGAGCAUCUUGUGGAUGCAUGGCAGGAGCUGAAGGCGCAAAGGAAGGUCCAAAAGAGGGAUAGUGGUGAUGGGAAUGAUAUUCAGGAUCUUGUGGAGGUUGUUAUGCUCCUGCAGAAGGCUAUUGAGCAGCAAGGACGUGGUGUUGAGGUGCGGGGGAAGGUGGCAAUUGUACUGUCGCACUAUGCAAAAAUGUUGGUGAGUCAGGGAGCGCUUGAGUCUGCCCUGAGCUAUCUGGGGACGACAACUGAUGCGGAUUUGGUGGAUCUCAAGGAGAGACUGUACUUUGCACUUGGCUACAAGCAACAACCGCAAGUUGCUCGUGCCCCAACCACGCAGUACGCAGCAAUGCCACGAAUGACACCAUCUCGGGCAUCAUUGCCGGGUGCUGCAACACCAGCACAGAACUUCUUUACGCCAACUUCGGUGCCACAACUGCCCCAAAUGCCGGCAAUGCCCCAAAUGCCCCCAACAUCGCAAUCGUACUUCCAACCACCACCCCAAGUAGCUGCUGUACCCCCACCGCCACAGCUGGAUGCCCAACCACCGCGUCCGGCGAGCGCCAGUGGCCCCCAAUCGGCAAUUUCCAGUGGCGGAGGACUCCACAGCCGUAGCAAAUACCUUCUGGAUCCAUCAGUGCAAUCCGGGGUGCCAAGUUAUGGGCAAGCAUACACCACUCCCGGGGGUUUUGCAUCACAAAUAACAUCCCCACCAGGUGGGCAAUUUGGGGGUCAAUUUGGGGCGCCACAGCCAAGCUUUUCGCAACCCCAAUCGAACUUCUCGCAGCCCCAAAACUUCUCGCAAUUCCCAUCAUUUGCCCCAUCGGCUGCUGCUGUACCCUUUGCGCCGCAAACUCAAAUGUACACCCCUGAUACCCCAGGAAGCAUCCCAGCACCCCCACAGGCACAAGUUCCGCCACCACCAGCUGCUGUCCAGAAGAAUUCAACGCCACCACCUGGUUGGAAUGAUCCACCAGCACUCAAAUCCAAUCGUCAACAAGCGCAGCCACCACCGCCAAGUUCAUCAAUUGCCAAUCCCAUUACGCAUCCUCUGUAUCCAGUUGAUCCGGCAUAUGUGGCACAGCCACACAAUGGCUAUCAGCAGGUUGAUGGUGGAUCAUUUGGGGUGCAGCAGCAGCAGAAUGUUAUGGGAAUGCCGCCACAGCAAAUGCCCCAACAAGGAUUCAACUAUAAUCCUCCUGGUGGGAAUCAAUUCCAGCAGCAGCAGCAAUUUCCGGGGCAAAUGAGCUUCCAGGGUGGUCAACCACCGGCAAAUCUGCAACAGGCACCAACACCACCGCAGAAGGUACCAACGCCUGAGCCACCAAAACCUAAAGCUCCAAUCCCGGAGGAGCAUAUCUACUUGCAGACAGUAUUGAAUGAAUUGCGCACUCAGUGUUGCAAUGCUGCAGCUAAUCCGCAAGUAAAGCGGAAGCUGGAUGAUGUGGCGCGUCGCCUUGAGAGUCUCUAUGAUCUUUUGCGGGAAUACAAGCUCGCCCCUAAUACCCUGGCGGCGCUCAAUCAGCUCGUGCAAUUUGUCCAGGUUGGUGACUACGCCAAUGGUUUGGCACUACACACGCAAAUGUGCUCCGGAGCGGAUUUUGCACAAAUUGCAACCUUCAUGCCGGGCAUUAAAGUUCUCCUGCAGACAGCAAUGCAGCUGCAGGUGUAUUUGCGAUGAUUAAUAAUUCGUGCUUUUGCGGGGAAAAUAUUGUUUAUUAUACGAAUUAAUUAAAGAAAAAAAAAGAGAAAAUAUUAUAUAAACAAAA